UAGUUUCCUCAAGAAAAAUGGGGCAUUGAUCAUCUCCAUAGCAGAGUACCAGUGUUACUUCUUCAAUAAAUUGUCUCGUCAAGACAGAAAAAUGAAUGCUAGGUAUGGCUCUACGAUGGACCAAAAGGAUAUGGUUAGGUUGUUGAUUGCUACCGUCGACAACUUCAGCCGAGAUCGGUUGAUUAGUAAAGAACAGAGAACCCAACAAAAAGAACAGUGUGCAGAGAGGUUGGCAGCUGAAGAUGGAAGCUGUGACAAAGACACAGAGGUUCGGUACUCGGAUCAAGCAGUGUUGGCAAAUUUGGACUGGGGUAUCGAAGCCCUUGAAGAAGCAAUCAACACCUCUAAUAUGGAAACUAAACUUGCACGAUUGGACUAUGCAGAGAAGAUGCUGCAAGUGUGUGCCAUGCUGAACUCCACACAGGAAACUGCUGGGGUUCCCAACUUCUAUCUCUCUGCUUGGGCUCAUCUCAACCUUUCAUACAUGUGGAAAUUAAGGGGCAACGUUCACAAUUCAGUUCUUCACGUUCUUGAGAUGUUUAUAGUAGACCCUUUCUUCUCGCGGAUCGAUUUUGCUCCUGAACUUUGGAAAGACCUGUUUCUUCCACAGAUGAGCUCGAUUGUAGGGUGGUAUUCGGAGGAGAGGCAGAGACUUAUGAUGGAAGCAAUUCCUGACUGUUCUGAUUUGUCCUUGACUGCUGAUUUGGAUCAGUUUUUCAACGAGUCUGUGAUUUUCUCAUUGAGGCCAGAUCAGAUGGAGAAACUGCAAAAGCUGGAAAAGCUUUACGGGGAAGCAUUGGAUGAGAAUACACGGCUUUUUGCUAAAUAUUAUAAGGAUCUCAUGAGCUCUGAUUUAUCCUCGAACAAGAGGGUGAUUCCGAUGUUGCCAAUUGCAGAGCCUCCAAUGACUCCUUUGCAUGAGGUCAGCCGUUCGAUUCCAGAUUAUGUAAAAUUCGGUCCUAUCUUGCCCAAGAGUGCUGGAUUUUCUGCAAUUCUUAAAUCUAAGUAUGGUGCAAGAGAAGCAAGCAGUAACUUGGCUUCUAGCAGAAAGAAUGCAAGUUCCAUUACCUCUCAGAUUCUUGAGGAGUCUGCUAGAUGGGAACCUCAGGUUUUGUAA